AAACAAAGGAAUAGAAAUAGUGAGACUUGAAAAUAAUAAUGACGAAGCCAACUACUCUUGCUUUCCUCUCCUCCCUUCUCUUCUUCGUUUUGUUUGUUGCUGCUGUGGAAUCAAGAAAAGACCGAGGAAUGGUAGAAGGAUUUCAAAGCCUUCUCCAAGUGAAGGUUGAGAAUAAGCCAAAUACUGAAGAGAUAUUACUUGAUGAAGGUCCUAAUAAGCAGAAAUGUGAAGAGAAGAAAGUGAUGAUUAUGGAAAAAGAGAUGAUUCUAGAAGAUUUUGAACCAAGUUCAAGUAUUACAACCAACAACAACGACAAUAUUCAUUUCAAGUUGAAGAACAUUGAAUUUGAGCCAAGACCAAGUGCCACUGCUUACAACAAUGAUAAUAUUCAAAGUAGCACCAAGUAUAACGAUUAGAUGGAUUAAGGCACAAUUUGAAACUUGUGUGUAGUAACUUUCUUGGAUGCAUGGGAUCUAAUAAUAAAUAAUAAGCGGUUAUAUUUAUGAAU